CUUGAGGUUAUGUUUAUAUGUCAAAUUUAACAUAAGACAUUUCGUUUAUUUAUGUUGAAAUUUCAAAUAAAAAUAGGGAAUUUAAAAUAUAAAUGCUGCUGAAGAUUCCAAUUCUCCUGAAAAAUGAGUGAAUUCGCUUUACAACAUUUAGUGUCAGAACUGGUGGAAAUAUUGGGUGGCAAGCAUCCUCCUGAUAAGGUUUUAGAAAUACUUCAAAAAAGCAUUAAUAAAAAUUAUGGACAUACAUAUAGCUCCUCCCAAAUUGCUGUUCAAACGCAAGUUCAACAAAUUGUAGAAAAUUUAGAAGAUCCCCAGUUGUUUCUAUCAAUGUUUGAGGAUUUAAAGCAAAAGAAUGUUGAUAAUUUAGGACCUUUUGUCAGUUUGAUCCACCUCUUUUCACAAGAUUCAAGAUUGAAAUGUUUUUUGAAUAGAAGCAACAAACAAGAGACCUCUAAAAUAAAAACUCCUAUUACAAAAGAUGACCUACCACAGGUUCGAUCCAGGCUAAAAAAUGCCAUUACUAAAUCAUCCAAACUAGAUGCACACAUUAAUAAUCCGUCAUCUAUAUCUGGAUUGAAUACUUCUACUUUACCAGUUGCCAGCACUCCCUCUGUUGUGCCAUGGGUACAGAGAAGACCAACUAUGUCAUGGGAUUUUUCAUGUAUAAACCUAGGCUCUUACACCGCUACAGUACCAGUAAUUUCACAAGAAAACAUUUUAAUCGAUGAUCUUUUGAAUAUCAUGAUAGGGCUUCCUGGUUGUUAUAUAGAACCAGAAGAACUAAAAGAUUCUUAUGGCCCAAGAACAUUCAAAAUAAACGAUAAUGUACCAUUACAUCUUAAAGAAUUGGUGAAACAAAUCCUACCAAUAGCCAGUCAUUAUUCCAUAAUCCAAAGAUUCAUUGAAGAAAAGAUGCAGUUUGAAUUCGGCCAAGUCAACAAUGCUUUAGCUGAAAAAAUGGCUUCAAUCAUCAAGGAACACACAUUAUUCGUUGUUCAAUUAGAGAGUGAAUACAGAUCUGAAAAUUUAGAUCUUCAAAAAUUAUGGUUUUUCGUCCAGAGGAAUAUGCAAACUCUCGCUGUAACAGCUAACAUUGCAUCUACAAUAAGUAAGUCUGAUGCUAAGGGAGGAAAAGUUCUCAGUUUAUUACAUGAUCGUAUAACUAGUUUCAUAGGAGAUGAUAAAACACAGAACUUAUGUGUUCGUCUCAUGGAGGCAGCUUGUGUUCCUUACAUGAAAAUGUUGAGUAUGUGGAUAUAUCAUGGAAUAAUUACUGAUCCUAUAAAAGAGUUUCUGAUAGAAGAUAAUGAGGUAGUCCAAAAGGAAGAAAUGCCAUUAGAUUAUUCGUCAGAUUAUUGGGAUAAAAAAUAUGCCAUAAGAAGGGAAAGAAUACCUAAAUUUCUUGAACCAAUGGCUGACAAGAUUCUCAAGGCUGGAAAAUAUCUUAAUGUCAUCAGACAGUGUGGAAAACCACACAAAACAAAAAUUAUUCAAAUUCAGUAUAAGAUUGAAGAAAAGCACUACAUUGAAGCCAUCGAGAAAGCUUAUGUAUCUGCCAGUCAAACACUACUAGAUCUGGUCAUAAAAGAGAAAGACCUGAUGGGAAGGUUAAAAUCUGUGAAGAAUUAUUUCCUGCUAGAGAAAGGAGACUUCAUUAUAACAUUUUUGAAUUUAACCGAGAAAGAAAUGAGCAAGAAUGUUGGCGAUGUCAUCCAAGGAAGAUUGGAAGCGCUCAUGGAUCUGUCUUUGAGAUUAUCCAGUGCUGUAAACGAUCCUUAUAAAGAUGACCUCACAACAGAUCUUUUACAGCAUGGACUCCAGUUUCAAAUGUUUAAAAUUCUGAGCAUACAGACAUCUGCAGAACAAGAAUAUAGGUCAAUUCAGGAACAGAACACUCUACAAGUCAUAGAAACCUUUGCGUUCAGCUAUAAAGUUCAUUGGCCAUUAUCUCUGAUUCUCAACAAGAAAUCUCUAACAUGCUAUCAGAUGAUCUUCAGACAUCUCUUUUACUGCAAACACGUAGACCGAAUGAUUUGUCAAGUAUGGAGAGCUAAUAAAGUGGCCAAGAAGUUUCCAUUUGAAGAUGCACAACAGUAUAGGGCAGCUUUCGCUUUGAGGCAAAAAAUGUUGCACUGCGUUCAAAAUUUGGAAUACCACAUGAUGGUUGAAGUGAUAGAGCCACAUUGGUGUUCUUUCAUGCAGAAGAUAGCCAAGGUCAAUAAUGUGGACGAAAUACUGUUUUGCCAUUCGGACUUUCUGGAUAGCUGUUUGAAGGAUUGCAUGUUGACCAUUCCGCAUAUAUUGGCAACUAUUGUCAAAAUACUGACGAUAUGUGUGAACUUCUGUAAAUUCAUUCAGAGGACGCAACGCUACUUUGUGGAGGCCGAACUGGGGUCAUUACCAAACUCAAUGUUUGAGUCCUACACUGCACAGACAGAACUGGUGCUUCAAUAUCCGAGUCAGACGACAAAUGGGCAGUCUGCACCAAGUUUCAAAGAAAAAAUAUCGGAAUAUGAUGUAGAAUUUACAUCUGCUCUACUCACUUUGCUGGAUCAAAUCAAUGAUUUGAAUAAGGAUACAAGGGAACACGACAGGCUUUUCAAUUUGUUAUACAGGAUGGAUUUCAAUGCUUAUUACUCCAGUCACCGUGUUGUUAAUGGUUUUACCCAUAUCAAAGAAUCUUCUGGAUGAAAUUGUUGUGUUUGUGCCAUUUUAACAAGAUAUUUAAUAGGAAGAUCUAAGUUAAUCUUUGAAAUUGUUACUGUGCUUUUUUAUAAUAAAUUGAAUUGAUUAGAUCAAA